AUGAAUCAAUCCACUCUGGCAGAAUUCUUUCUGAUGGGAUUUUCCAAUGACCGUGAUGGGCAGAUUAUGCAUUUUGUGAUGUUUUCCUUCAUUUACUUAAUUGCCAUAAUAGGGAAUGUUCUCCUGGUUAUCACUGUGGCCCUGAACUGCCCCCUUCACACCCCAAUGUAUUUUUUUUUAGCUAACCUGUCACUUUCAGAUAUUUGCUACAUCUCAACGACCAUCCCCAAAUCCAUGGCCAUUUCCUUAACAGAUAACAAAGUGAUCACCUUCACUGAAUGUGUUGCCCAAGUCUUCUCGAUUUUCACCUUUGCAGGUUCUGAGCUCGCCUUGCUGACCAUCAUGGCUUAUGACCGUUAUGUGGCCAUCUGCCAUCCCCUGCAAUACAGUCUCAUCCUGAACUGGGAUGCUUGUAUGCAAAUGGCAGCUGCUUCCUGGCUCACCUGUAUGAUCCAUGCAUUGCUAGAAACUGUAGUAAUAUUUCAAUGGAAAUUCUGCAGGUCACACAGGAUUGAGCAAUUUUUCUGUGAAGUUCCUCAUUUACAGGAGAUUUCUUGCAGCGAUACAAGACCAAGCCAAAUACUGAUUUUUGUGAUAGGAAGUACAUUUAGCUCAAUUUGUUGUGGGAUAAUUUUUAUCUCUUAUGGUUACAUCUUCUCAGCUGUGCUAAAGAUCCAUUCCAUUCAAGGCAAAUACAAAGCCUUUUCAACCUGCAUCCCCCACCUGAUUGUCUUUACUUUAUUUAUCAGCACUACAAUAUUUGUUUAUAUGAGACAAAAAGGUUCUUCCUCAUAUAUUGUAGAUUUGCUUUCUGCUGUUUUUUAUACAGUUUUGCCACCACUACUGAAUCCCAUCAUUUAUAGUUUCAGGAAUAAGGACAUUCAGAAAGCCAUGUGGAAUAUAGGGAAAAAAUGGGCUUCUUUCCCUUCCUUAAAAAUAAGAUGA